AUGAGUUUCGCGGGGAUGCUUAACCGGCUACACGGCCAGCCCGAGAGCUACGACAAGAAAUCCAAGUAUAAAUUUGGUCGAACUCUAGGCGCCGGCACCUACGGGGUUGUUCGCGAAGCAGACGGCCCCUCGGGCAAGGUAGCCAUCAAGAUUAUCUUGAAGAAGAAUGUCAAGGGAAAUGAGAAGAUGGUAUACGACGAGCUCGACAUGCUCCAGAGGCUAAAACACCCGCACAUCGUCAAGUUUGUUGAUUGGUUCGAGUCGCGCGACAAGUUUUACAUCGUCACUCAAUUAGCUACUGGCGGGGAGCUGUUCGACCGAAUCUGCGACCAGGGCAAGUUCACAGAGCUCGACGCUUCCCAAACCAUCAAGCAAAUCAUGACCGCUGUCGACUAUCUGCAUGAUAAUGACGUUGUCCAUAGAGAUCUUAAACCGGAAAACCUUCUCUAUGUUACACGCGAGCCGGAUUCCGAUCUUGUGCUUGCUGACUUUGGCAUCGCAAAGACCUUGGACAGCAAGGAGGAGACCUUGAAGACCAUGGCUGGAUCUUUCGGUUACGCUGCGCCUGAGGUGAUGGAGCAAAAGGGCCAUGGCAAGCCUGUAGACAUGUGGUCCAUGGGCGUCAUCACAUAUACCCUGCUUUGCGGGUACUCCCCAUUCCGCAGUGAGAACCUUCGCGAUCUACUACGCGAAUGCACUGCCGCACCAGUACCGUUUCACGAGCGCUACUGGAAGGACGUCAGUCAGGAUGCCAAAGAUUUCAUUCUGGGUCUUAUUGUUCCGGAACCCGAGAAGCGAUGGACUAGCAAGGAAGCCUUGGGCCAUAUCUGGUUGAGCGGCAAGAACGCCACCGAUCACAACUUGCUGCCCGAGCUCGAGGCCUACCGAAGAAGAGCACGCCUUCGCCGUGUCAUUGAAAUUGUCAAGCUCCAGAAUCGCAUUGCCAAGCUCAAGGAACACGAGGAGGACCCUUCCGAGUCCGAUAUGGGCGAUGCCCAAGGCGCAUCUGAUAAUCACAAGGGCGACGGCUCCAGGUUGCAUGCCCUGGGACUAUUUGCCGUUCGUGAAGCCAAACAGAAGCAAGAAAGUCUCCAAGUGGAAGAGGAAUUGGAGAAAGAGAGCAGAAGGCGCAGUUUUAGCAACGCCUAG